AUGAUUUCCAUCCUCUCCGCUCUUCUGUGCCUCGGUCAGUCUUUGGUCUCAGCCUCUGAUUUCCUUCUAGGGACCCUCCCCAAACCCACCAUCUGGGCUGAGCCAGGCUCUGUGAUCCCCUGGGGGAGGCCUGUGACCAUCUGGUGUCAGGGGACCUGGGGGGCCCAGGAGUUCCGUCUGGAUAAAGAGGGAAGCUCAGCCCCCUGGGGCAGACAGAGCCCACUGGAGCCCGGGGAGAAAGCGAACUUCUCCAUCCCACACAUGACACAGCACUAUGCAGGGAGAUAUCACUGUUACUAUAACAGCUCCACUGCCUGGUCAGAGCUCAGUGACCCCCUGGAGCUGGUGGUGACAGGAGCCUACAGCAAACCCACCCUCUCAGCCCUGCCCAGCCCGGUGGUGACCUCAGGAGGAAACGUGACCCUCCAGUGUGGCUCAUGGGAGGGACUGGACACUUUCAUUCUGACUAAGGAAGGAGAACACAAGUCCUCCCAGACCCUGGACGCACAGCGACGCCCCGAUGGGCAGACCCAGGCCCUGUUCCCUGUGGGCCCCGUGACCCCCACACACAGGUGGACGUUCAGAUGCUACGGCUUUAACAGGGACACCCCCCAGGUGUGGUCGGAACCCAGUGAGCCCCUGGAGCUCCUGGUCCCAGGUGUGUCGGGGAAGCCCUCCCUCCUGACCCCACAGGGCCCUGUCCUGGCCUCUGGACAGAACCUGACCCUCCAGUGUCGCUCUGAUGUCGGCUACGACAGAUUCGCUCUGUCCAAGGAGAUGGGACAGGACCUGCCCCAGCGCCCUGGCCAGCAACCUCAGGCUGGGCUCUCUCAGGCCAACUUCCCCCUGGGCCAGGUCAGCGGCCUCCAUGGGGGCCGGUACAGAUGCUACGGUGGACACAACCUCUCCUCCGAGUGGUCAGCCCCCAGUGACCCCCUGGACAUCUUGGUGGCAGGACGGUUCCCUGACACACCCUCCCUCUUGGUGCAGCCGGGCCCCAUGGUGGCCUCAGGAGAGAAUGUGACCCUGCUGUGUCAGACAUGGAGUCCGAUGGACACUUUCCUUCUGUCCAAGGAGGGGGCAGCCGAUCCCCCACUACGUUUUAGAGCAAAGUACCAAGAUGGGCAGUUCCAGGCCGAAUUCUCCAUGAGUCCUGUGACCUCAGCCCACAGUGGGACCUACAGGUGCUACAGUUCACUCAGCAGUGACCCCCACCUGCUGUCACAGCCCAGUGACCCCCUGGAGCUCCUGGUCUCAGGUGGACAUGACAAGCCCUCCUUGUUAGCUUGGCCAAGCCCUGUGGUUCCCCUUGGAAAGCAUGUGACUCUUCAGUGUCACUCCCAUCCUCCGUUUGAGGUGUUCAAAGUGUUCAAAAGAAAUGGGACCCGUUUCCGUGAACUCCAGAGACAUCAUGUCAACACCUUCACCCUUGGCCCUGUGACCACAGCGCACACCGGGUCCUACACGUGCUCCGGAUCUUACGGCCACACCUCUGUGUGGUCAGCACACAGUGACCCCCUGCAGAUUGUGGUCACAGGUGUGUUCACAAAACCCUCCAUCUCAGCCCACCCAGGCCCCCUGGUGCCUAUGGGAGGGAAUGUGACCCUGCGCUGUCACUCGCUGCUGCUGUUCGACAAGUUUAUCCUGCACAAAAACAGCAGCACGUGGCAUUCCCAGGAUGAUGGAGAGAAGCUUCCUGGGGGGCGUACCCAAGCUCAUUUCCUCAUGGGCCCCAUGACUUCUGGGCAUGCGGGGACCUACAGAUGCUACGGCUCUCUCCACCACUCCCCCUAUGAGUGGUCAGCCCCCAGUGACUCCGUGGACAUCAUGAUCACAGGAAUAUACAAGAAACCUUCUCUCUCAGCCGAGCUGGGUCCUGUGGUGAGGUCAGGAGAGAAUGUGACCUUGCUCUGCAGCUCCAAGAGCGCCUUUGACCUGUACCAUCUAUCCAGGGAGGGGGCAGCCCAAGAACACUGGCUCGCUGGAGGACAGAGCCACAGCAGAGCACUCCAGGCAGACUUCCCUCUGGGUCCUGCCACCCCAGCCCACGGUGGGGUCUAUAGGUGCUACGGCUCUUUCAAUCACUCUCCCUACAGGUGGUCAGACCCGAGUGACCCGCUGUACCUUCCUGUCACAGGUGGUCAGGACAAGCCCUCCCUGUCUGCCUGGCCAAGCCCUGUGGUUCCUCAAGGACAGCAUGUGACUCUUCGGUGUCACUCCCAUCUCGAGUUUGACAGGUUCAGGCUGUACAAGGAUGACAGAUCCCGUGUCCCUGAGCUCCCGGACAUAAUAUUCCAGAACAGCUUCCUCAUGGGCCCUGUGACCUCAGCACAUGCAGGGACCUACAGAUGUCAUGGCUAUCACAGUCACUUCCCCUCUGCGUGGUCAGCACCCAGCGAGCCCCUGGAGAUCCUGGUCACAGGGUUCCACAGAAAACCUUCCCUCUCGGCUCUGCCGGGUCCCCUGGUGCCAUCAGGGGAGAACAUAACCCUGCAGUGUGGCUCUGAGACCGUGUUCGACAGCUUCAUUCUGGUUCUGCUCGGAGAGGGGGUAACCAUGGAUCCCUUGCACCUUGCUGGGCAGCUCCACGAUGGGGGCUCCCAGGCCAACUUCUCCAUGGGCCCUAUGACUCCUGCCCGUGCAGGGACCUACAGAUGCUUCUGUUCUCUCAGCGACUCCCACUAUGCGUGGUCAGCCCCCAGUGACCCUCUGGACAUGGUGAUCACAGGUCUAUACAAGAAACCCUCUCUCUCAGCCCAGGGGGGGCCCAUGGUGAGGUCAGGACAGAACGUGACCUUGUUCUGCAGCUCUGAGAGUGCCUUUGAUGUGUUCCAUCUGCUCAAGGAGGGGCAGAACCUUGGACGCUGGCUGGCUGGGGGGCAGAGCCACAGUGGAGCGCUCCAGGCAGAAUUCCCUCUGGGUGCUGGGACCCCAGCCCACGGCGGGGUCUAUAGGUGCUACGGCUCUUUCAAUCACUCUCCCUACAGGUGGUCAGACUCAAGUGACCCACUGUACAUUUCUGUCACAGGAAACUCUUCAAGUAGUCAGCUUCUACACACGAAGCCAAGCUCCAACACUGGUACCUCCAAACACCUGCACGCUCUUGUUGGGCCCUCAGUGGCUGUCGUAUUCCUUGCCAUCCUUAUUUUCUCCCUCAUCUGUCACAGGUGCCCUGAUAAAAAGAAUGCUUCUAUAAUGAACAGUGAGCCUGAGGUGGACAGAAUGGUGAAUAGGGAGGACCCUGAAGCAGAACCAAAGGAGGUGACAUACACAGAGUUGGACGGUUGGAUUUUCAUGCAGAAAAAUAUCACUCCCACCUCCCAGAGGCCCGACGAACCCUCAGCUGAUACCAGUGUGUACAUGGAUCUUGCAGUGUGCUAA